AGGAGGGAGGAGGGAGACACGAGAGAGAGAGGCGAGAGAGAGAGAGAGAGACGAGGCAGAGACACGGGCGCUGAGAAUCGCGACUCCCACCCACCCCCCACAACGCCCUUCCUCCCCGCCAUCCCGGCCCGCGGCUCCGACUCCGCUGCCCGCACCACGCGGGGAGCUGCACGCGGCCUCCGGCGGUCCGAAUCUCCCUCAUCUCCCCGUAGGUGACUGCACGACGCAGUCGAGGAGGAGGAGGAGGCUUUCGCGACCACUGUUAUCUUCAACUCGCCUCUUGCCCGUCCAAGGACCCGGGCACUACUGGCAGUCCGCAUGGCCUCCAUCGUGAACCCGUCUCCGCUGACCUCCUUGAGUCCUCGGGUAGCUCCGAGCGCCGUGAGCCCUACCAUGGUCUGGCUGCCCCUAGCUGCCCUCAUCACCCUCGCCGCAUCCUCCUCAUCCUCAUCAUCGUCCUCCUCCUCCUCCUUGGCUUCCAUCUCGCCCGAGUGGGAGAUCUUGAUGACCCGACACGGCGCGGAUGCUCAGGGGAGCAGCAGCAGCAACAACAGCAGCACCAGCAGCAACAACAACAGCAGCAGAAACUACAGCAGCAGCAACAACAACAUCAGCAACAACAACAGCAACAACAGCAGCAACAACUACAGCAGCAGCAAGCGCAACAGCAACAAGAGCGAUAACAACUCCAGCAGCAGCAGCAACUACAGCAGCAACAACUACAACAACGUCAACUACAGCAGCAACAACUACAGCAGCAACAACUACAACAGUGGCAACUACAGCAGCAACAACUACAACAGUAGCAACUACAGCAGUGGCAACUACAGCAGCAAUAACUACAGCAGUGGCAACUACAACAGCAACAACUACAGCAGUAGCAACUACAACAGUGUCAACUACAGCAGCAACAACUACAACAAUGUCAACUACAGCAGCAACAACUACAACAGUGUCAACUACAACAGCAACAACUACAGCAGCAACAACUACAACAGUGGCAACUACAGCGCCAGCAGCACGAGGAGGCUGCGCAGAGCCAUCUCAGAAAGCGACAAGGCCGUCAUCCUGGACCUCCACAACAAACUGCGGGGCCAGGUGUCCCCAUCGGCCUCGAACAUGGAGUACCUUGUGUGGGACUCGGAGCUGGAACGUUCUGCCGAGCACUGGGCCGAGACGUGUCUGUGGGAGCACGGCCCCGCCGGGGAGCUCAGCCGCAUCGGCCAGAACCUGGGGGCGCACUGGGGCAGGUUUCGCCCCCCCACGUUCCAUGUGCAGGCGUGGUACGACGAGGUGCGGGACUACAGCUUCCCGUACCCGCACGAGUGCAAUCCCUGGUGCCCCUUCCGCUGCACAGGGCCCGUGUGCACCCACUACACGCAGCUCGUGUGGGCCACCUCCAGUCGGAUCGGCUGCGCCAUCAACCUGUGCUACAACAUGAACGUGUGGGGCCAGGUGUGGGCCCGUGCCGUCUACCUCGUCUGCAACUACGCCCCCAAGGGCAACUGGUGGGGGUCGGCCCCCUACAAGGUGGGGCGGCCGUGCUCGGAGUGCCCCCCCAGCUACGGAGGGGGCUGCCGGGACAACAUGUGCUUCUGGGGAGGGAGCGGCGAGCGGCCUCUGCCCGGGCCCGACACGGGCACCAAGGUGGAGGAGGCGGACGAGGAGACCGAGGAAGAGGAGGGCCCGAACGAGGUGGAGCCGACCCGGCCCGCUCGCACCACGACCACCACGUCACCCCCCGUGGCCCCACCGGACGCGAGAGAAUUUGACAUUCGCGAAGUAAUAAGCGUAGAGGAAAUGACUCAGAAGGUCACGUGCGACACCAAGCUGCGCGAUCGCUGUAAGGGCACGCCGUGCAACAGGUACGAGUGCCCUGCGGGCUGUUUCUACAGCAGUGGCAAGGUGAUCGGCACCCUUUACUAUGACAUGCAAUCGAGCGUAUGCCGCGCCGCAAUGCAUUAUGGGAUUGUGGACAACGAGGGCGGCUGGGUGGACGUGACGCGCAACGGACGCAUCCCGUUCUUUGUGAAGUCGACCCGCGAGGGCAUCACCUCCAUCAGCAAGUACCGCCCCGCCAACUCCUUCACUGUGUUCCGCGUGACGGUGAAGGCCCUGGACUGUGUCACCACCGUGGGCCAACUGUGUCCGUACAGGAAACCAGCGACGCAUUGCCCCAGGGUUCACUGCCCCGCUCACUGCAUGCAGCACAACCCUCAUCAAGCGCGCGUCAUUGGCUCAACGAUCUACUCUGACCUGUCGAGCGCGUGCCGCGUGGCGGUGCAUGCCGGCGUGGUGCAGAACGCGCGCGGCGGCUACGUGGACCUGAUGCCCGUCGACAAGAAGUCUGAGUAUCUCGCCUCCUUCCAGAACGGCAUCUUCUCCGAGAGUUUGCAGAACCCCCCGGGAGGGAAGGCGUUCCGAGUGUUUGCCGUCAUCUGACCCCGUGACCCCGUGACCUGUGACUCUCUACGUACAACGAUGAAAUGCAACGAGCAGCGAUCGGCCUCGUGGGGAUUACGCGGCCACGACACCACAUUGACACCACACUCACCACACUCACCACACUCACACCACACUGACACCACACUCACCACACUCACCACACUCACCACACUCACACCACAUUGACACCACACUCACCACACUCACCACACUCACCACAUUGACACCACACUCACCACACUCACACCACACUCACCACAUUGACACCACACUCACAACAUUGACACCGCACUCACCACACUCACCACACUCACCACACUCACACCACACUCACCACAUUUACACCACACUCACAACAUUGACACCAAACUCACCACACUCACCACACUCACCACACUCCCACACCACACUCACCACAUUGACACCACACUCACCACACUCACCACACUCACCACAUUGACACCGCACUCACCACACUGACACCACACUCACCACAUUGACACCACACUCACCGCACUCACCACACUCACCACAUUGACACCGCACUCACCACACUCACCACACUCACCACAUUGACACCACACUCACCGCACUCACCACACUCACCACAUUGACACCACACUCACCACACUCACCACAUUGACACCACACUCACCACACUCACCACACUCACCACAUUGACACCACACUCACCGCACUCACCACACUCACCACAUUGACACCACACUCACCACACUCACCACACUCACCACACUCACCACAUUGACACCACACUCACCACACUCACCACACUCACCACACUCACCACAUUGACACCGCACUCACCACACUGACACCACACUCACCACACUCACCACACUCACCACAUUGACACCACACUCACCACACUCACCACACUCACCACACUCCCACACCACACACACCACACUCACACCACACUGACGCCACACUCACCACAUUGACACCACACUCACCACAUUGACAUCACACUGACACCACACUCACCACACUCACCACACUCACCACACUCACCACACUCACACCACUCACCACACUCACACCACACUCACCACACUCACACCACACUGACACCACACUCACCACACUCACCACACUCACACCACACUCACCACACUCACACCACACUGACACCACACUCACCACACUCACCACACUCACACCACACUCACCACACUCACACCACAUUGACACCACACUCACCACACUCACCACACUCACCACAUUGACACCACACUCACCACACUCACACCACACUCACCACAUUGACACCACACUCACAACAUUGACACCGCACUCACCACACUCACCACACUCACACCACACUCACCACAUUGACACCACACUCACAACAUUGACACCAAACUCACCACACUCACCACACUCACCACACUCCCACACCACACUCACCACAUUGACACCACACUCACCACACUCACCACACUCACCACACUCCCACACCACACUCACCACAUUGACACCACACUCACCACACUCACCACAUUGACACUACACUCACCACAUUGACACCACACUCACCACACUCACCACACUCACCACAUUGACACUACACUCACCACAUUGACACCGCACUCACCACAUUGACACCGCACUCACCACAUUGACACCACACUCACCACACUCACCACAUUGACACCACACUCAACACACUCACCACACUCACCACAUUGACACCGCACUCACCACACUCACACCAUUGACACCACACUCACCACACUCACCACACUCACUACACUCACACCACACUCCCCACAUUGACACCGCACUCACCACACUCACCACAUUGACACCACACUCACCACACUCACCACACUCACCACACUCACACCACACUCACCGCACUGACACCACACUGACACCACACUCACCACACUCACCACACUCACCACACUCACACCACUCACCACACUCACCACACUCACCACACUCACACCACUCACCACACUCACCACACUCACACCACACUCACCACACUCACACCACACUGACACCACACUCACCACACUCACCACACUCACACCACACUGACACCACACUCACCACACUCACCACACUCACCACACUCACACCACAUUGACACCACACUCACCACACUCACCACACUCACCACAUUGACACCACACUCACCACACUCACACCACACUCACCACAUUGACACCACACUCACAACAUUGACACCGCACUCACCACACUCACCACACUCACCACACUCACACCACACUCACCACAUUGACACCACACUCACCACACUCACCACACUCACCACAUUGACACUAGACUCACCACAUUGACACCACACUCACCACACUCACCACACUCACCACACUCCCACACCACACUCACCACAUUGACACCACACUCACCACACUCACCACAUUGACACUACACUCACCACAUUGACACCACACUCACCACACUCACCACACUCACCACAUUGACACUACACUCACCACAUUGACACCGCACUCACCACAUUGACACCGCACUCACCACAUUGACACCACACUCACCACACUCACCACACUCACCACAUUGACACCACACUCAACACACUCACCACACUCACCACAUUGACACCGCACUCACCACACUCACACCAUUGACACCACACUCACCACACUCACCACACUCACCACACUCACACCACACUCCCCACAUUGACACCGCACUCACCACACUCACCACAUUGACACCACACUCACCACACUCACCACACUCACUACACUCACACCACACUCACCACACUCACCACACUCACCACAUUGACACCACACUCACCACACUCACCACACUCACCACAUUGACACUACACUCACCACAUGACACCGCACUCACCACAUUGACACCGCACUCACCACAUUGACACCACACUCACCACACUCACCACAUUGACACCACACUCAACACACUCACCACACUCACCACAUUGACACCGCACUCACCACACUCACACCAUUGACACCACACUCACCACACUCACCACACUCACUACACUCACACCACACUCCCCACAUUGACACCGCACUCACCACACUCACCACAUUGACACCACACUCACCACACUCACCACACUCACCACACUCACCACAUUGACACUAGACUCACCACAUUGACACCACACUCACCACACUCACCACACUCACCACACUCACACCACACUCACCGCACUGACACCACACUGACACCACACUCACCACACUCACCACACUCACCACACUCACACCACUCACCACACUCACCACACUCACCACACUCACACCACUCACCACACUCACCACACUCACACCACACUCACCACACUCACACCACACUGACACCACACUCACCACACUCACCACACUCACACCACACUGACACCACACUCACCACACUCACCACACUCACCACACUCACACCACAUUGACACCACACUCACCACACUCACCACACUCACCACAUUGACACCACACUCACCACACUCACACCACACUCACCACAUUGACACCACACUCACAACAUUGACACCGCACUCACCACACUCACCACACUCACCACACUCACACCACACUCACCACAUUGACACCACACUCACCACACUCACCACACUCACCACAUUGACACUAGACUCACCACAUUGACACCACACUCACCACACUCACCACACUCACCACACUCCCACACCACACUCACCACAUUGACACCACACUCACCACACUCACCACAUUGACACUACACUCACCACAUUGACACCACACUCACCACACUCACCACACUCACCACAUUGACACUACACUCACCACAUUGACACCGCACUCACCACAUUGACACCGCACUCACCACAUUGACACCACACUCACCACACUCACCACACUCACCACAUUGACACCACACUCAACACACUCACCACACUCACCACAUUGACACCGCACUCACCACACUCACACCAUUGACACCACACUCACCACACUCACCACACUCACCACACUCACACCACACUCCCCACAUUGACACCGCACUCACCACACUCACCACAUUGACACCACACUCACCACACUCACCACACUCACCACAUUGACACUAGACUCACCACAUUGACACCACACUCACCACACUCACCACACUCACCACACUCACCACACUCACCACACUCACACCACACUCACCGCACUGACACCACACUGACACCACACUCACCACACUCACCACACUCACCGCACUGACACCGCACUCACCACACUCACCACACUCACCACACUCACAUCACACUGACACCGCACUCACCGCACCACACUCACACCACACUCUCACCACACUUACACCACACUGACACCGCACUCACCGCACCACACUCACACCACACUUACACCACACUCACCACACUCACCGCACUGACACCGCACUGACACCGCACUCACACCGCACUCACCACACUCACCACACUCACACCACACUGACACCGCACUCACCGCACCGCACUCACACCGCAGCACACGCACCUUGUGUGAGGGUUUCGAGGGCACAGAGGGCGGGCGGGAGGGUUAAGGUCUGGAUUUGGGGGUUGAGGUGAGUCUCAGGGUAAAGUGGAUAGAGGUGAGG